AUGCUGAAAGGGGCAACUCCGACACUGAGGGCAGCGGUCGCAUACAAUUCGGAUCGAGGAUCAGCUCGGUUGUGUUCCGCUUCCGUGGGAACGCUUUGCGCUCGGGACCAGGAACGCAUCGGAAUUGCCGAUACCACCACACCCCAGGUGCCAUUGUCACCUCUCUCUCACUCGGAUUCUCAAAACGAUUCCCACCGUGGGCGAUCCGCUGCUAUUCCCACCUCGGCACGAAGCCGAUUCCCACCCUUUGUUCGCUUGGAUGCGCCUUCGCUUUCGUCUACAGCUUCGCCUGACGUACGAGGCGUACAUGCAUCCGAAAAGGGCAACCCGAACAAUGCUUUGCAGCUUCAAGAUCACAUUCGCUCGCUGCUUGGCGGUCCUUCGCAAGCGACCCGAAGCGAGUUCGCUCGGUUCCUCCGCAGCUUUCAGCAGGGCAGCUUCAAAGCCGCUCGCGAAUGGGAUUCCCGACCUGCUGUGUGCCUCUUCCGAUGGAACCGACGGCCAGUGCCACGUCGGAUCGGCAGAUCGUUCAUGUGA